CUUCGCUCACCUUUUCACUCCCUCUCUCUCUCAACACACACAAACACACUCCAGUUCAAACUUUGUGAGCGUUCUCUGCUCUCUCUCUCUGAGGAUUUUUCAGCUUCUUCUCAUCCUGAGCAGUCCUAAAAACAAGUUAACGGGUACAUCGGGAUAUCCUCAGGAUGCGUUGUGUGAGCUGGCUGCUGCUGGGGACCUGCCUCCUGGUCCUGGGCCCUGCAGUGCGGGGAGCCCCGAGCCAGUGCCCCACUCUGUGCCACUGCCACGGUGACCUCCAGCACGUCAUCUGCGAUGGCGUCGGGCUUAAGAAGAUCCCCCGGGUGUCGGAGGUGACCCGUUUGAUGAACCUGCAGAGGAACAACCUGGGCAGCAUCCCCACGGGCGCCUUCACCGAAAGUAAAGGUCUCAUCUCUCUGCACAUGCAGCACUGUCAGCUGAGGGAGAUCGGAUCGCAGGCCUUCAAGGGGCUGAAGAAGCUCGUCUACCUCUACCUGUCCAACAACGAGAUCAGCAGCGUCAAGCCAGGCGCCUUCGACGACCUCACCAAGCUCACCUACCUCCACCUGGACGGGAAUCAGAUCGGCGACCUGCCCAAGGGCAUCUUCGCCCCCAUGAUCAACCUCUUCAUCCUGCAGCUGAAUGACAACAGGCUGCGGGAGCUGCGACCGGGGACUUUCACCGGCGCCAAAGACCUGCGCUGGCUGCACAUGAGCGGGAACGAGCUGACGACGCUGCACCCGGGCUCUCUGGACGACGUGGAGAACCUCGCCAUACUUCACCUGGACAGGAACAGGAUGUCCACGUAUCCCCUCGCAGCCAUGAGCAAACUGAGAGUGGUGGAGGAGCUCACGCUGGGGAAGAACCCCAUGAGGACCAUCCCAGACUACGCCUUCCAGAGCUUUGGACGCUACAUGGAGAAGCUGCACCUGGACAACAUGGGUCUGGAGAAGUUCUCUGAUGGUGCGUUUACUGGCGUCACUGCAGUAAAGUUGCUGCACCUGGACAACAACAAGCUGCGGUCUCUCCCCAAAAGCUUCGAGUUUGGCACCAUCACAAACCUCACCCUCUCCAACAACCCGUGGAGCUGCACGUGCCAGCUAGCUCCACUGCGAAGGUGGAUGGACUCUAGCCGUAUCCGUCUGGACGCAGCGUGUGCGUUUCCGCCUCAGCAGAGAGGAAAGCAGGUCAGAGACAGCACGGCGUUCAGCGGCUGCAGAAUGAAGCUGAAGAGAACGAGGAAGGGCAUGCGCCAUUGAACACAGCAGCUUGUACAGGAGACGCCGAGGAGGAGCGACCGGCUGAACAUGCAACUAAAGCAAUGCUAGCUAACUCUACUUCAAGACUCCCCAGAUGAUGUCACAAGUAUAAACACAGACUAUACUCACACUCUCUGUCUGUCGCUGUCACACUCAAACUUAUCUAAACCUUUUACAGACUUUGUGUAUAUCAAAGUUGAAGAGUUUGAAGUGGAAAUGUACAAGAAUCAAAAAGCAACCCAAACAAAAGAUGCUGUCGAGUCAAACAAAUGAAUGUUUUUUUUAUUUUCACUGAUCAUAGUGUCCUCUCUGAUGUUCUUCCACAAGCAUGAAGAUAUUAUAAACACUAACCAGAUAUUAUCUUAUCGGAACAAGUUUAAGAUUUCAGUAAAUAUGCUGGCUUGCUUUCUUACAGAUGAGUUUGAGAACAUUUUCAUGGAUUAGCUCUGAUCAAUCAGAAAGAAAGACAGAAAGAAAGAAAGAGGGGGAAACAGCUGUGCUUCCGUUUCUCUUACUGCGACAAAAUCUGCCUUCUUUGCACGUCUAAAGCUCGAUAAAUAAGUGAUAGCUUCUUUGUUAUAAACAAGACUUACUAAACAGAUGACGAAAAGUCAUUUCUAGGUGAGGUUACCUGCCGUGCAUCACCAUUUUAAUCUUCUCAUCAUGCUCUAUUAAAGGUCACAUAUUGUGCAAAAUACACUACACACAGGCCGUUUGGAGAUUUUCCCUUCAUGACAUCACA